AUGGAGCAGCCUCUGCUCAAGGCCACGGACUGGUUCCUCACGGAGAAGGAGAUCACCGCGUCUCGCGGCGGCGUCCCCCGCAGUGACUUGUCCACCUUCACUCGAGGCAACUCGGUUGUCACCUUCACCGUAACUAAGGAGUUCUUCGACUCGGCGUACAAGGAUCUGUCGACCACAAAGGAGAACGACCGCGUGUUGCUGGCGGCCUGGAACACCGACCUCAUCCCUUUGGUCCCCGACGUGGACCCUUCCGGCGCCAAGUCGAACUUCGACGUGGUGGUCGGAGGCAUCGUGAAGCGCGGGGGAGACGUCAAGAUCCUCGGCUGGGCCAACAAGUUCCUCUUCUUCCAGGACAUCAAGGUGCGCAAUCGGAUCAACAAGCUGCCCAAGUCCGGCAUCAACGACGGCAACGCGCUCUUCAUCUUCGACGACCGCCUGCCAUACGGCUUGUCGUCGCAGCACCAGAAGACGAUCGUUAUUGCCGCCAACAAGUCCACGGGCAAGGACGAACACCCGAUCGCCUACGUCGGCGGCAUCGACCUCACCAACGACCGAUGGGACACCAUCCAUCACAACGUUUCGGCGCUUCGGAAGGAGUCGGGCGUGCACUUCCGCAACAGGGGCUGGGUCGACAGCAGCAUGCGGAUCCACGGCCCGGCAGCCAAGGACGUGGCCAACAACUUCCUCGCUCGCUGGAACUCGCUCUACCUGCCGACGCAGAGUCUCGGAGACGACGUCAUCAACUUCGAGAACCCGCAGUACUCGUACCUGCCGCCUCUCGACUACGCCAGCAGCAACACCACGUCCAGGCUUGGCAAGCAAAACGUGCAGAUUGUGAGAACUUUCAGCUGCAAGUACAAGCGCUGGGAGUUUGCUCCGAACGGCGAGAACUCGCUCUUCCACGCGCGGAUCAAGGUCAUCAAGAACGCCAAGAACUUCAUCUACAUUGAAGACCAGUACUUCAUCCACGUGCCCGAGCUGCUGGACGCGUUGAUGGAGGUCAUGCCGACGCUGCAGCGCCUGAUCGUCGUCGUGCAGCCGCCGGAGCUGCUCACCAAGUCGGGCGGCUACGAGAAGUACAUGUACGAGAACAUGCAGCCACUGAAAGAAAAGUUCCCCAACAAGUUCAAGCUCUACACGAUGAAGACGGACCUGGACAUCUACAUCCACAGCAAGCUCGUGGUCAUUGACGACGUAUACCUGGCGGACGGCUCGGCCAACUGGAACCGCCGCAGCAUGACGUCCGACCCGGAGCUGGACGCCAACGUGGUGGACGACCAGCACGUCAAGACGCCCGACGGGAUCAAAGUGGGCAAAGUGGUCCACGACUUCCGCGUGCGCAAGUUCCAGGAGAUGACGGGCCGCAGCUACGAGGAGAUCGACGCCAUGAAGUUCCUGGACGCCGCGGAUCUGUACGACAAGGCCGCCGCAGAGUCGUCGUCGCUCAUCCAGAAGUUCGACGUGGAUAAGGAAUGGUACUACAACCUCUUCGGCAGUGGGGUGCAGAAGACAGUCGACCCGCAGGACACGUGCGAGGGCUCCUCAUACAAAGCCUCGUAG